UUUUUAGCAACAUGAAUGGUGGCCUGACAUGCAACCACUUUAGGGCAAUUGACUUUUACGCAGCCAGUAUUAACCCGAAUAACCCUAAAGGUGUGGCCCAUCAGUGCCCUGACUAUAGCGCAUAUAUGGCCGGUGAAUGCGAUACUGACUGCGCUAAUAGUGUGGCCAACUGUGCUAUUAUCGGCGAACAAGCCGUACUGUCAAAACCUUAUGAGAGCAGUACUAUUGGCAAACGUUACUAUCUGUCCACUAACCCCAGCUAUCCGUAUUUGCAGGAGAAUGACUAA